GGGUGAGUUUAGAAAAGCCCUUUCUGGAAUUGAAUUUGGUGACAGUUUGAGAGAGAAAGGGGAACAGAGAGAACCAUAUCCUAAUUCGACGCUUUAUGCAUUCUUUUUUUUUUUUUGAUUUUUUUGUUUGGUUGCAAUUGGGAUAGCAGAGAAUCGCAGGUUGUUGGGAAAGUGAGUGUGAGAAGAGGAAUGGAGAGCGAACCGCAGAGUGCAGGAAAAGAUGAGGUUUUAUCAGUUGAGCUUUCAGCACCUUCUGCUUGGAAGAAACUGUUUUUCCCUAAGAAAGUAGGAACACCAAGGAAAAGUGAGAUUGUAUUCAUAGCUCCCACUGGGGAAGAGAUCACUUCCAAGAAGCAGUUGGAGCAGUACCUAAGGGCACAUCCUGGGAAUCCGGCGAUCUCCGAGUUUGACUGGGGAACCGGCGAGACCCCUCGCCGAUCGGCACGGAUCAGCGAGAAGGUCAAGUCGACCCCACCGGCGGAGACCGAGCCUCCGAGGAAACGAUCCCGGAAAUCGUCAGGUUCUGCAAAGAAGGAUAACAAAGAAAACGAACCAGCUGCUGAUGAAACUGAUAAUGAGAAAAAGCCUGAUACAGAGGAGAUUGAUAACAGUAAUGCUGAAGUGCAAAAUGCAGCAGCAGCAGCAGCUGAAAAGCCUGAAGAAACAUUGUUGGUAGAGUCAGAGGAGAAAGUUGCAGGGGAAGAAGAAGCUUUGAAUACUGAGGAGGUAACUGAAAAACCACAACAAGAGAAAGAAGAGGUGACUGAGAAGGCUGAGGAGGAGCAAGAGGGCACUGAAAAACCCCAAGAAAAUGGCACAGUUGAUGAUGACAGUAAGCAAGAGAUGGCAGAUAGUGUGAUUCCUGAUGCAAAUGGAGGAGCUGAGGAAGAGAAAGUGAAUGUUGAGGAGAAGAACAGUGCAAAAGAAAUCCCUGUAAGUGAUGGAAAGAACAGUAUUCAAGCAGAGGAGCAAGUAAAUAAAAUGGUUGACAAUGGUGGACAAGUGAUUUGGAGCUGUGCUCAGUGAAAAAAUGGUUAAUCUUCUUCAUCUUGUAGUGUAAGCUCUGCUUAAAUGUAUCUUACUAAUAUAGGUGGUGACUUUUGUAAUGUUAUUUUAAGUUGUUGUAGUUGUUUUAUGAGCUCUUGGAUUGUUGUAGUAGUUCUGUACUAUUUCUUCAGAUUUGGUUGUAUUUUUAGGAUGAACAUCAUCAAACACUUAUCAACUCCUAGACUAGAUCUUUUCUGUUAUGAUGAACGAUCGUUGUAGGCUUUUGGCACACAUUUGUGUUAGGAAUUAAUUGUUUUUAACUGCUACA